AUGCACGGUUACGCCUUUGACGAUACCAAGAUCUCUGAGAAGACCGCUCGCUCGAGCGGUCACUACCUCCGUGUCCACUACAAAAACACCCGCGAGACCGCCGCUGCUGUCAGCGGUAUGAACCUCCAGAAGGCAUUUAUUUUCCUCGACAACGUCGCCGAGAAGAGGCAGAUUGUUCCUUUCCGUCGCCACAAUGGUGGUGUUGGCCGUCACGCACAGGCCAAGGAGUUUAAGACCACUCAGGGUCGCUGGCCCGUCAAGUCGGUCAAGUUCCUCCGUGACCUUCUCAAGAACGCCGAGUCGAAUGCCGAGGCUAAGGGUCUCGAUGUUGAGUCCGCCAAGAUUCUUAACAUCGUUGUGCAGCAGGCACCCAGGACUUUCCGCCGUACCUACCGGGCGCACGGUCGCAUCAACCCUUACAAGAGCUCCCCGUGUCAUGUUGAGAUUCACCUGUCUGAGCCCACAGCCGAGGUUUCUAAGGCUGUUUCUGCCGUUGAGCCCCGCUUGAACAGGCGUCAGCUCGCCAAGAAGCGCGUCGCCGCUUCCCGUGCUAUCGCUCCUGCGCAGUCUGCCUAA